CAGGUUUCCCAGCAGGUCACACGAAGAUACAUGGGCCAAGAGUUUGGUUUGAACAAACCAACUUUCCUCACAAUUUCUUUUGGAUCCCAAUCCCAAUCCAAUCUUUUAGGAAGCAAAACCAAAACCAAAGCCAACCCACCAAAAUGAAGACUAUCUUUUCUUGCGCUACCUUGCUCUUGCUUGCCGCCAAAAGCAGCGCCACAUUCGUGGUGUCUCCUGUCGGUGACCGUCCCAAGACAGCAUUGUCUCAGUCUUUUCAUCCCGGCUAUGGUAUCAAGGACUGGCAGAACAACCGCGUCCCUGCCUCUGUGUACACAGAACCAGUGACCAAGUCCAAGAUUAUGGACGAGAUCAACGCGAAGAGAAAGGCAGGGGAACCUAAAGUUGAGAGUAUCCUUGACCCCAGCUUCGCUCUGACCUAUGUUGUCGCCAUGGUUGGACCUUAUGUUUCAACCCUUCACCCAGGUGGACCUGCCUCCCUCUUGGCAACAGGUGGCAACUGUUUCCAUCUCUUGUUGGCGGCACUGCUUUGGGUUCAGACUUGCCGCGUGCGCUGCGUCUUUGAGAGUGAUGGAAUUGAGUUUUACAACCUCAAGGGUGCUGGAUUGAAUUUGAAGAAAGGGGCCCGACUGGAACGUAAGCCCGGCAACUUCGUGGUUGGCACCGACAACCGCUGGAAGUAUGACAAUAUCACCGGCUACCAGUUCUUCCCCUCGAUCUCCCUCCCCGUAAUUUGCGUUUUGAAAGAGAAGCAAACUGGAGAAGGCAAGCAGUACUAUGGGGAGCAGCCCCACUUCUUCCCAGCAUUGUUUGACGCCCAGAUGUUCAAGGCUGAGAUGGACCAACGUGGAGUCAAAUAUGGCUUGUAGAUUGAUGGCAGUCGAAUUAGCAGGAGACCUGCCAGUUUCAAUAAACUAAAAACUUUAUAUGCAUUUAUG